CAGGAAUGACCAAAAUCGCUUGAGUGAGUAGGCUACUGUAGGUGUUUUCAGUGGACUUCUGUGCAGGCGUAGGUGCUCUCUGGAAGGUUUGUUAGUGCACAGCUGCAACGUUGGUGCACACCGCUACUCGGGAGAGAAAGAAAGGUUAGUGUGUGUCGCUACAAGCAGUGGAAGUGGCAACAAAGCAGCUUGCUCAUUGUACGUUGUAGUGUCACAGGCCUGUUUGGAAACAUCUGAGCUCCAUCCCUGACUGAUGGAAGUCCUCAGCUUCGUGUGUGCUGCGCUUCUGUGCACUGUUUUGGUGCACGGUAAGCCAACAUUAAGGAAAGAGAGAGUUAUAAAUAAGGACCCAGAACUGAGCAGGAAAGCCUAUGAAGACAAUAGCAGCUUCCAAUACGACCAUGAUGCCUUUCUGGGUAAAGAGGAGGCCAAGACAUUUGACCAGCUCAGCCCUGAGGAGAGCAAGGACAAGCUCGGUAAAAUAGUUGACCGGAUCGACAGCAACGUUGAUGGCUACAUCACCACAGCCGAACUCAAGUCGUGGAUAAAGCGUGUACAGAAGCGCUACGUUUAUGAAAAUGUGGCAAAGGUGUGGACAGACUAUGACCUGAACAAAGACAACAAGAUUUCAUGGGAAGAGUACAAGCAAGCCACAUAUGGAUACUAUCUCGCCAACCCAGAGGAGUUUGACGAAUCAACAGACCAGUUCAGCUUCAAGAAGAUGCUCCCGCGUGAUGAGAGGAGGUUUAGAACAGCUGAUCUGAACGGGGACCUGGCAGCAGACAGAGAAGAGUUCACAUCCUUUCUGCACCCUGAGGAGUUUGAUCACAUGAGGGAUACUGUGGUUUUGGAAACCUUGGAGGACAUUGACAAGAAUGGUGACGGACAUGUGGAUGAAGAUGAGUAUAUUACUGACAUGUUUGCCCAUGAGGACGGGGGACCGGAGCCUGACUGGGUCAAGACAGAGAGGGAACAGUUCUCUGACUUUAGAGACUUGAACAAAGAUGGUAAAAUGGACAUGGAAGAAAUCCGCCACUGGAUUAUGCCCCAAGACUACGACCACGCCCAAGCUGAGGCCAGGCAUCUGGUGUACGAGUCUGACCAGGACAAGGAUGAGAUGCUGACCAAAGAGGAGAUCCUGGAAAACUGGAACAUGUUUGUGGGAAGCCAGGCCACCAACUACGGAGAGGACCUCACCAAGAACCAUGACGAGCUCUGAGCUCUCAGGGCAGCUUCUGAGGUGUGGGUGUGAAGAGCGUUGGUGAAAAUCUUCGAAGACAGAAUUACAGACUCUUUCCCUCCUCCCACCACCCCAUCCACCACGCCAUCUUUUCCAAAUAAUACUGGAACAGAUGUCAGAGUGUUGGAUUGUAAACCAACACUGUAGAUACCAAGCAAGAGGGGGCAGGGGUCUCUCCUACCACUAACACUAAGGGUCCAUCUCGAUUUGGUGCUUCUGUUUCUGACAUUCAGGAGCAAAGCCAGAUCCAGUGGACUUAUUUUCCAUCAAUGGUGCCUUCCAGCCGCACUGCCGGCUCUGCUGCCUCAGAGAUCUGUGUAGAAAGUCUUUAAUAAACGCUGUCAAAGCUGAAUGCUGAGCUUUAGGUGAAUUGUCAGAUAUAGGAAUAGUUUUUGAUAGCAACGUUAAUGUGAAACAGCGCAGCGCAGAUCAUUCAUUCAGAUUUUAUUUAUUAAUGAAAUCUAUUCUUUGUUUACACAUUUCCUGGCCAUAUGAUUUUAAUGAUUUGUUUGUUUGAUUAGUUAAGUGCUUUUAAAACUGUUAAAGACUGAUUAACUGAUGUUUAACGGCAUGGUUUUUGCACGUUUUUGGUUUAAAAGUAGUCUGUGAAAUAUAUUUUCUUCAUAUAUUUAGUUCGACAUUUAUUUAUUGGUAUACUUCAGACCAACAGUGCUCCAUGUUAGAUUUGUAUUGACCUUUGCUGAUGUUACAUUUGAGCUUUAUCGUUUUAUAGAUUUCUUAUUUAAAUACGCUUUUUUUUUAGUACUUUGUUUAUUUGAACACGUAACUCCACAGAACUCCUUGCAUGGUCAUCUUUUUCAAUCAGAUUUACCAAUUUUAUUUCCACUGCAUUGGCUUUGUAUAUAAAAGCAUGGUGUUUACAACAUCAGAAAUUCAUCUUCUGUAUUUUUUUUAUCACAAUUUCUGUAUUAUUAUAAAUAAAUAUGUUAUGUGACAGUGCAUGAACGUAUGCAACUUGAAAAGAUCAAACUGACCAGAAUUUGUCAUUUUAGUCAGCACUUGUUGUGCUUUGUUGUCCCUAACCUCAGUUGCAUCAAUUUUCCACAUAUCACACAAACACAUUCAUGUGUCUUCUUUUCCAAACGGCACAUGUGUCAAAAAUAAAAACAAUAAAAGACAUUGUG